AUGGAUAACUCAUCUGAUGUCACCUCUCUUCUGUCACUGGAAAGCUUUAACAUACCUCCUGGAUGGGUCUACCCUGCAUUCAUUUUGGGAAUGUUGUGUUAUGGUAUUAUUCUUUUCUGUAAUCUUGUAAUCCUUCUUACAAUUGCUAUGGAGAAACGUUUACACAAACCAAUGUAUCUACUAGUUUUCAAUCUCCCCAUUAAUGAUCUAAUGGGGGCCACUGCCUUAUUUCCCCAGUUAAUGAAAGAAAUUUUACUUGAUUCCAGGUCAAUAAGUUAUCCUUCCUGUAUCUCCCAGGCCUUUUUUAUCCAUAUGUAUGCGGCUGGUUCUUUGCUGAUACUGACAGCAAUGGCAUAUGAUAGAUAUUUAGCCAUAUGCUGUCCUUUAAGAUACCGUGCAAUUAUGACAAAUGCUUAUUUAUUAAAAAUUAUUAUUUUGAUUUGGAUACUUAAUACCACUAUGAUAGUUGUGCUUUUUGUAAUGGUUCUGUGGUUACCACGAUGCCGAUCUUUGAUUUCCAACACUUAUUGUGACAAUCCUUCUCUUGUGAGACUGGUCUGUGCAGAUACAAGCUCAAGUAACAUCUAUGGACUCUUUAUAACAUUUUUUAUGCAGGCAGUGUCUGUAAGUGCUGUUAUUUAUACAUACCUCCAAAUACUUUUCACAUGUUUGAAUAACAAACAGUCUGAUGCAAAGAGUAAAGCCAUUCAGACUUGUGGUACUCAUUUAGUAAGCUUCAUUAUUUUGGAAGUUACUGGUGUUCUUGCAAUAGUUUCAUAUCGUAUUGAGAGGUUUUCACCUCAGGUAAAGAAAAUAUUGUCAGUGUUUGUCUUAAUAUUUCCCCCAACACUCAAUCCGAUAAUAUACGGCCUCAGAACAAAGGAGAUCAGAAGCAAAAUACCGCUGAUUUUCAGUCGAAAGGUGACACAUUUCUAG